GCUUGCUCUUUUCAUUUCUUAGCCUCUCUCAGAUCAGGUUGUUCAGUCUCUUCCAAAACUGUCUCUUCUCACUUCUUCCUUUUUCAUUAUAAAACACUUCCUCUCAUCACUUCCAACCUCAAUACCUUCUUCUUCUUCUGAACGCUUUGGUGCUAGUAAAGAUGUUCACUUUUUUAGUUGUGUGAUGAGAACUUUCAAGUUAGUUGAAAGACAAAGACAAGGACACACACACUGAGUGGGUUCAGUGUCUUGCAUCUCAAUCUCAUAGCAUGGCUGUGGUGAGUCCUGUGCCUGCAACAACACAAAGGAUGGGUUCUGUGAGGCGAGUUCAAGAGGGUGAAAUUGUUGGGGAGCCUAAUCAAGCUGUGGUAGUUGAUGAACCAAUCUAUGUUGCUGUGUCAAAAGAAGUGAAAGAGAGCAAGCUGAAUCUGAUAUGGGCGAUUCAGAACUCUGGAGGAAGGAGGAUUUGCAUACUUCAUGUUCAUGUUCCUGCAACCAAGAUCCCUUUGAUGGGUGCUAUGUUCCCUGCAAGUUCACUGAAAGAGCAGGAGGUUCGAGCAUACCGGGAUAUUGAAAGGCAAACCAUGCAUAAGACUCUUGAUGAGUAUCUUCGUAUAUGUCAACGGAUGGGGGUGCAGGCGGAGAAAGUGCAUAUUGAAAUGGACAACAUUGAAAAAGGAAUUGUAGAACUUGUCUCCCAACGUGGCAUCCAAAGGCUUGUCAUGGGAGCGGCAUCGGACCGAUCCCAUUCUAGGAGAAUGAUGGACUUGAAAUCUAAGAAAGCCAUCUUUGUAUGUGAGCAAGCUCCGGCAUUUUGUUGGAUACAGUUUAUCUGCAAAGGGCACCUUAUACACACAAGGGAUUUGGUACAACAAGUUCCAAACUCUGAAGCUGAACAUCCAGUACUCCCGAGAUCUCAAUCUGUUAUUACUCCGGGCCAAAAUCAAACUAGUCAUCGUCGGGAGUUAUUUCGCAAAGUAAGGUCUGCCAAUGAUGGUGCUGUAGGGGGCAUUAUGCAUGAUUCUUCUCCAGAUAACUUUGAAGGGUUCUCAACUCCACCAAAUAGGUUAGGUACUGAUUUAAGUUCUGAUGAGUCAGAUAGGCUGUCAAGGACAAGGAGUCCUUCAGCUUUGUCAGUGUGCUCCGAUAGUGGUGCUGUUGACCCAAUGUUGAGCCCAAAUUCGGUUAGUGAGAUUGCCGAGAACGUAGCAGAGUUGACUUUGAGCCAUGCAAUCAAAGAGGAUCUUCAUUCUUCUCCUCCUAGUGUACUGCAGGAUGGAGGAAUGAAUGAUACUAUAUAUGAUCAACUUGAAUUGGCUAUGGCUGAGGCCGAGAGAGCCACACGAAACGCAUAUCAAGAAACAUAUAGGCGUGGGAAAGCUGAAAAGGAGGCCAUUGAAGCUAUGCGAAAGGCUAAAAUCUCUGAAAGUUUAUAUGUAGAAGAGUUGAAUCUGAGGAAAAGGGCCGAGGAAGAACUACAAAAAGAAAAAGAACAACUUCAAAAUAUGAAGAUCCAGAGAGACAAAGUUAAGGAAGAACUCCAACUUGCACUGGAUCAGAAGUCAUCACUGGAGAGCCAAAUUGCAUCAUCCGAACUUAUGAUAAAGGAGUAUGAGCAGAAGAUCAUUUCUGCCGUGGAUCUGUUACAAAGCUACAAGAACGAACGGGAUGAGUUGCAGGUACAGCGCGAUGAAGUGCUGAGAGAGGCCACGGAGUUGAGGAAAAAACAAGGAGAGGCCUCUGGCACUCGCACGCCUCAAUUGUUUUCGGAGUUCUCUUUCCUUGAGAUAGAACAAGCAACAAAUAACUUUGAUCAGUCCCUAAAGAUAGGAGAAGGUGGAUAUGGAAGUAUAUUUAAAGGUAUGUUGCGGCACACUGAGGUGGCUAUAAAGAUGUUGCACUCUGACAGCAUGCAAGGACCCUUGGAGUUUCAACAAGAGGUUGAUGUAUUGAGCAAGUUAAGGCAUCCAAAUCUUAUCACACUUGUUGGAGCCUGCCCAGAAUCCUUUACUCUUAUCUACGAGUAUUUACCGAAUGGGAGCCUUGAAGACCGUCUGGUUUGCAAGGAUAACACACCUCCCUUGCCAUGGCAAACUCGAAUUCGCAUUGCUGCAGAACUUUGUUCAGCUCUCAUCUUCCUUCACUCAAGUAAACCGCACCGCAUAGUGCACGGUGACUUGAAACCCUCUAACAUUCUCCUUGAUGCAAACCUUAUUAGCAAGCUAAGCGACUUUGGAAUCUGCCGCAUAUUAUCUCGUCGUGAGGAUUCGACUGAUAACACUACGGAGUGUUGGAGAACCCACCCAAAGGGAACUUUUGUUUACAUGGAUCCGGAAUUCCUUGCGUCCGGGGAACUUACUCCAAAGUCAGAUGUUUAUUCCUUUGGAGUCAUAUUGAUGAGAUUGUUGACAGGAAGACCGGCCUUGGGAAUAACAAAGGAAGUGUCCUAUGCACUGGAAACCGGAAAGCUGAAAUCCCUGUUGGAUCCUUUAGCCGGAGACUGGCCAUUCGUGCAAGCCGAACAAUUGGCUCGCCUGGCCAUGAGGUGUUGCGAGAUGAAUAGAAAGAACCGGCCGGAUCUUUAUUCCGAUGUAUGGAGGGUAUUGGACCCCAUGACAGCUUCCUCUGGAGGCACACUAAGUCCUUCAGGUCUUUACCAACAAACACCAUCAUAUUUCAUUUGUCCAAUCUUUCAGGAAGUAAUGCGAGAUCCGCAUGUAGCUGCGGAUGGCUUCACUUAUGAAGCCGAGGCCAUAAGAGGGUGGCUUGACAGCGGUCACGACGAUUCGCCAAUGACAAAUUCGAAGCUUGCGCACCGCAAUCUUGUUCCGAACCGCGCACUCAAGUCUGCAAUCCAUGACUGGCUUCAAAGUCAUUAAACAAGAUUAUCACUUUCCUGUGCUGUGUAAACUACCUGUUAAUAGAAUGUAUAGGGAAGCAAGUUUUCAAAAUUUUAUAUAUUUUCUUUUUUCAUUAUAUCAUUUUUUGUUUCUUACAUAUCUUAAAAAGAUCUAGAUGUGUCACCUUGUUAUUCUGAGUCAUUGUAAAGCACAUAUAUUUCAACAUAUAUAUAUAUGUCAAGAAAAUACAUUUUAUGA